AUGCCCCAUCUUCAAGAUAUCUUCGAUAGGGUCGAGAUCAAGGAUGUGAAAAAUUUCAUCAAAGGCCAGUAUUUCACUUUUCCAUCAUCUGUAUUGAUCUUCUACAGAGAUGGUGAAAGCUUCAGCAUUGACCUUGCUGGGCAUGUUGGAAAUGACAAUGGGGCUUUCUGUGUUCCGGGAGAGAACUUCCACAAAUCCUCAAAUGGAUCGAGAGUUGAAGAUAAUGGUGGGGGUUGGGAGCUUGCGUCUGGGCUCAGAGAGGCCUGCUCGUCGUCAUAUUGGUUAGCAAAAUUGAAGCUAGAUGAUUACAUCGAGUUUCAAGAUGGUCAACUUGUAUUCAUGUCAUGGGACAUACAGGGCAAUGAUGAAAAAGGAAAUCGAGCUGACAAAGAGCAUUUAACAUCAACCAAUGAAGAGGACGCAGCCGAUGAAGAGGGCCCAGAAACAACAAAUCGCCUUAAUGUUGGGCAGACCUUAGAGCUCGGCGACAGGCUUGUUUCCGACAAUGGUGAAUGGACUCUGUUGUUCCAGAGCAACGGAAACCUGGUUCUCUAUAGCAGCGGCAGUGCCUACUGGCAGUCCAAUACAACGAAUAAUUCCUCGGGAACUGGAUCAUUCAACGUUCGACUUGAAGAAGACGGGAACUUUGUUGUCGCGCGAGAGGGUGGAGGCCGGAAUCGCUGGGAGAGUGAAAGCAAUGACUAUGGCGCUAUUACACCGUAUAUUCUGGUCCAGGAUUAUGGCGAUGUUUGCCUAUAUGAUGAAGAAGUCGAGGGUUGCCAUUGGUCAGCGCGUGAUAUCUAG